CAUCAAAAAAGGUGUUAAUACUUUUCAAAAUGUUCUUAGAAAAAAUACAAUUUGAAAGCAUCAAUACGCCGCGCUCUCCUAGUAGCAGUGGAAAAAAAAAAGGGGAAAAAGACGAAAAACAGACCCGCGAAUCAAUGAGGGUCAGCACGCGGGUCAUUAAAAUUCGAGUGCUUUUCUCAAGUGCGCAAGGAGGGCACUAACUGUACUCUCUCCGACGCUUCUCCGCCGCCGGCAUGUGGAACCCUAAAGAAGUGGCGCGUCGUGGACACGGCCAGGUUUUGCCAAGAAGAGAACCUGCGGUUCCUCAGCGUAGUCCCACGCCCGAAUCAAAACAUUCCGGUACCAAAUCAUCCGAAUACUCCGAUUCUGAGAAAGAAGAAACUGAUGAAGAUUCACCAGAUACAGAAUCCGAUGAAGAAGAAGAAGAUCCCGAACCACCACCGCCGCCGCCGCCACCACCGUUUCGACCAAAUAUGACUCUCAAUCCAUUGAAUCCACAAGUCCCUCUUUCCCCUUCGAUGCGGCUUAAGAUUCAGUCCUUUUUGAGUAGGCGGCCAUGGAAAAUCCAUCCCAAGGUAAAUGCUUUGGUACAGUUUUGGUCUCCUAUAAAAAUCUCCAACUCUAGGAAGCUUACUAUGUCACCAGGUCCUUGGUUUUUUGAUGAGGAUAACCUCCGGAGAUACAGGGAUGAGUGUUUUGUUCGUAGACUUCAUGAAUAUGGGUUGAUAUCUCAUGAUGAUAAGUUUAAAGAAGCUAGCCCCAUUGGAAGGGUGUUCAAACAGGGAUCCCCUGAGUAUUGUCCAGACAUAAUCUCUUACUCCAUAGACGAAUUUCCCUCGAAAGAUCUUGCUUUUUCAUACGGCAUUUGCCAAUAUUGGGCUUUGCCAAUUUGUGAACUUGAUGCGUCGGGCCAGCCCCAGCUGCAUUGUAUUGGAGUACUUGAGUUCCUGUUACACAGAGACAUAGGGCAUGUAGCUCCGGCUAAAGCAACAUUCAAUAGUAUUGGUCAUGCACUUAAGUCUCUGGGGCUUACAUGUCAAGGUUUACAUUCUGCGGACUGCUACAGUAGCCAUGCAAAAUUAUAUGCUUCGUUGCCCAUUGCUGGUGUACUGAAUGUUGUGAGGAAAAAGCUCCAACUUGAUGCUAUUCUGCGAUGGGUUCCUUGCAUGUGCAAUGGUUCAGCAGCUUUUGCCAAGAGUAAUAAGAAUGCUACUAAAUUAAUUCUUCGCUCGGCAUCUGUGGAAUCGAAUUUCGAAUUUGUUGAAGAUCUUAAAGAAAUGACUUCAAACGCUGCCUGUGUUGUUAAAGAGGGGAAAGGUUCAGUUGGAAAAGCAUUUUCACUAAAGAAGGCAUGCUUUUUCAAUGAUACAAGUAAACGCAGGAUCUCAGACUACCCUCUGGCUCCUUUUAUUGCUGGAUUUGCAGCUUCAUUUGCAAUCCCACUGCAAUUAGUUCAUCCUAACCUUCCUCCUUCAAUAUUAGAAGUCUAUGCCCCACUCCGACAAACUGGUACCAUGGAUAUGAAAGAAGCUCUAUUGAAGUCAUUAUUGUCUACAUUGGCUGAGAAACUCUCUGUGUAUAAUGCUGAUUUCGGAUUAGGACAAAAUGAGGGAUUCCAAAUCUCUCACUCCUGUCCCUCCCCGACCGCCCGGCUCUCACGAGAUGUUGACAAUAUUAAUUGCUUUGAUGUACAUCGAAUUGCUGGAUGUUUGAAUCCUGUCAGAGCUGUAGCACCUAAAAGAGAAGAGCUGUUUGCAUCUUUGGAGCCACCAAAGAGAAGAACAACAGCUGGAAAUAGAAGGCCAAUUAUGACAAAUGGAGAAGAGCAUCGACUUCCAUCUUCAGAUAAGCUGCCAAGAAAGAGCACUCAUGAUGUUGAAAGGGAAAACUUUAGUCUUAUAAAUUAUCCCAGUACACAUGACAAAGCUAAGAAUCCUGAGAUUCUUUUUGCUGACGAAAACGUUGGAAUCACUUUGGAUGAUUUCAUUCAGCAGUCAGGUGAAAAACUUAAUGACAUUGGGGAAGCACUUGGAGGUGAUGUUCUGAAACUUUGAAGAUUUUAUCUUCCAUAUAUAUUGAACUCAGUUUCUGUUUAAUUUUUCCAAGUCAUCAAUAUGCUAUUAUGUUACAAACUGACUGCUGUACUUUUUGCAGUUAAACGACCUACUUUGAAACGUAUCCGUGAGGAACUCGGAACGUAUUGGCGACCUCUGCUCAAGAGAUACAAAGUCAAUGGCAUUCAAUCAAAUCCAAAUCAACCAAAUACUUCUGUCGAGCCUGUGGGCGGUGAAACUAUUAGAAAAUCUGCGUGUAGACCAGGUUCGGAUGAUGAUGCUGGAGUAAAUGUGAUUUCGGCUGCAAUCCACGCGGGUUCAGAGGGUAAAAAUAAGGUGAGAAGAAGUUACGAGGCUGGAAGCAGUUAUACCAUGGCCGUUAAAGCAACCUACAAAGGUGAUAUUGUAAAGUUCCCUUUGGGUAGUAACUCGGGGAUUGAAAAGUUGCGCACAGAAUUGGAUAAAAGGUUUGAGUUGCAAGUUGAGAGGUUCAAAAUUAAGUACGAGGAGGAUGGUGAAUGGAUCAUGAUGUGCUACGAUGAAGAUUUGCACCUUCAUAUGGAUAGUUUAAAUGCAUCAGGGGUGACUAUGAUGAAACUGUCAGUUUCAUUACCCGAUUAGCUAGCUAGUGAUCUUUCAGUUCAUCCUGUAGUACUACUUCUAUGUAUCAAUGCAAUCUUAUAGACAGAUUUGUAGGGUAAUCUGUUGCAGUCUUGCAGAAUUCUCUUAAAAACUUUUUGGGCUUCAGGUCAGGGGGUCAAACUGCAAAAUGCUUUGUAGGUAUGGAGUUGGCAGAAUAGGUCUUGUCUCAACUAAGCUUCUAUCCUUUAGUCAAUCUUGCAGCAAACAAUGGUAGCCAUUUUCUUUCGAAAUCCAUCUGUGCUUAGAUAUGUUAUGAGCAAUACUUUAGUUGGUGUAUGUUUAAAGCUUCCUUAUUCAGAGAUAUUACACCUUUUAAAGGAACACCUCCCGAAGUAAUUAAUAAUGUUGGUGUCAG